CUGCCCCAGGAGGAGGCUCAGCACAGAGGAAGGACAGCACAGCUGACAGGUCAGACCAGCCGUGCUCAGGAGCGUUCCUGGAGCUGAAGCUCUUCUGCACAGAGGACAGAGACCAUGGAGCCCCUCUCAGCCUCUCCCCGCAGAGGAUGCAUCCCCUGGCAGAGGCUCCUGCUCACAGUCUCACUUUUAACCUUCUGGAACACGCCCGCCGCUGCCCAACUCUCUGUGGAAUCCAUGCCGCUCAAUGCUGUGGAGGGGAAGCACGUUCUUCUACUCAUCCACAAUGUGCUACAGGAUCCUUAUGGCUACAGCUGGUACAAAGGGGACAGGGUGGACAGCAGCUACAGAAUUGUAUCGUAUGUAACAGUCAGUCAAACAAUCACCACAGGGCCUGCAUACAGUGGUCGAGAGACAAUUUACCCCAAUGGAUCCCUGCUGUUCCAGAACGUCACCCUGAAUGACAUAGGAUACUACACCCUACAAGUUAUAUAUGCAAAUCUUCAGAAUGAAGAAGUAACUGCACUGCUCCGCGUGUACCCGGAGUUACCCAAACCCUCCAUCACAAGCAACAGCUCCAGCCCCGUGGAGGAUGAGGACUCCGUAGCAUUAACCUGUGAACCUGAGACUCAGGACACCACCUACCUGUGGUGGAAAGACGGCCAGAGGCUCCAAGGCAGUGACAGGCUGGUGAUGUCCCUGGACAACAGGACCCUCAUUUUAAUCUUUAUCACAAGGAAUGACACAGGACCCUAUCAUUGUGAAAACUGGAACCCAGUGAGUGGCAGCCGCAGUGACCCAGUCAACCUGAAUGUGCUCUAUGGCCCCGACGACCCCACCAUUUCCCCCCCAGACUCCUAUUACCGUCAAGGGGCAAACCUCAACCUCACCUGCCACGCGGCCUCUAACCCGCCUGCACAGUAUUCCUGGCUUAUCAAUGGGAGUCUCCAGAUACCCACACAAGAGCUCUUCGUCCCCAACAUCACUGUGAAUAAUAGCGGAUCCUAUGCCUGUGUUGCCCACAACUCUGCCACUGGCCGCAAUAGGACCACAGUCAAGAAUAUCACAGUUUCUGAGCCAGUGGCACAGCCCUCCAUCCACGCCAGCAGCAGCACAGUCAUGGAAGACAAGGACUCUGUGGUCCUGACCUGCCGCACAAAUGACACUGGAAUCUCCAUCCGGUGGAUCUUCAACAACCAAAGUCUGCAGGUGACAGAGAGGAUGCAGCUGACCCAGGGCAACAUCAGUCUCAGCAUAAACCCUGUCAAGAGGGGGGAUGCCGGGGAGUAUCAGUGUGAGGUCUCCAACCCAGUCAGUCACUACCGAAGUGACAUCUUCAGGCUGACCGUGGAACAUGGUUCAUCACAUGGAAAUUCUUUGGGCCUCUCUGCUGGAGCCACUGUUGGCAUCGUGAUUGGAGUCCUGGCCAGGGUGGCUUUGUUAACAGGCCUGGUGUAUUUUCUGUAUUUCAGGAAGACUGGCAGGGCAAGCGACCAGCAUGAUCUCACAGAGCACAAAUCCUCAGCCUCCAACCACAGUCAGGACCACUCUGACAACUCACCUGACAAGAUGGAUGAAGUUGCAUAUUCUACCCUGAAUUUCAAAGCCCAGAAACCAACACAACCAACUUCAGCCUCCCCAUCGCCAACAGCCACAGAUACGGUUUAUUUAGAAGUAAAAAAGAAGUAAUGCAACCUGUCCUGCUCACUGCACUGCUGAUGUCUUCCAAGUCUCUCACCCUCAUCUCUAGGAGAUCCCAUUACCCUCAGGGGUGAAGGGAAGUAGUCUCCCCCACCCUUUCUUCCCUAAUAGGCACCUCCUGGCUGCCUGGUCACAUCCCUCCCUCCAAUGUCAAUACAUGAAAAGGUACAUCCGGGAGUCUGGGAGUCUGUAGGGAAUCCAACCUUCCUUGUCAUUGAAAUUUGGCAAAACCAACUUGGGACACAGUUGCCAGAACUUCCCCACCCCUCCCCCUUUCCUCUACCUGGACUUGCUUUAAAUUUAUCUAUUUAGCACUCACUCAUUCCUUUCCACCCGAGUCUUGUCCUAUCAGAGUCUGACUUGAAUUUGCCACAACCUUGAGGCUAUGCCCUUCUCCACUGAAGUACAUGUGCCUGAAAAAGCGAGAGAGGGGGAGAGAGAGAGAGAGAGAGAGAAAGUAAAGGCAAUAAUGGCCCCUCUUCUUUCUUCAUAGCCUGUUGUGUCUUUAGCUCAUUUCUUCCCCCGCCAAAAAAAAGCCUGUUGUGAACCCACCAUACCCAGGAAAAUCAAAUAUAUAACUAAUAGUGACCCUGGAAAUGCUAUACCUUUGUUCACUGUCAGGGUGGUCUACCUACAGGAUCAGGGUUUAGGCACCUUGCUGCUUAUCUAAGCCCUUUGGAAAACCUCUCUCCAGAGAACCCACUAGAAUCAACUAGGAAUACUAUUUGCCAAGGUCCACAGGUGAUUCCUGAUGGAAAAUGGAAAAGUGCACAUAUGUUUUAAUAUCUUUAUGGCUUUAUUCAAGGACGUGCUGAAAGAGGGAGGGGUUACAGCUUUGGGGAAAACAAGUCUUUAAUAGACACAAUCUGCUAGGAACUUGGGAAAUGAAUCAGAGAGAUACCCUUCAGAGAUUAUUUAAGUUAUUGUUUAAAAAUGCACAAUUUGAGGUAUUGGGGUUUUUCUCCUUUUCUCUGCCAUUUUAAUUUUUGUACCUGCUUAUUUAUGUGAAAAGGGUUAUUUUUACUUAGAUUAGCUGUUAAGCUAGUCUGACUGCCUUAGGAGAAAGAAGCCAUCAAAAUCCCUCAGGUCUCUUGGUCAAGAGUCUCUCUAGGCUUUUUGUCAGGGGUUCCAAAUAGAAAAUAAGAAGAGCCUUCCUUGUUCAUGGCUAGAAAUGGAUCUAACUCAGUUUCUAGGCACCUCAGACCAGGCAUCAACCACCAUUCUAUUCCACAUCUCCACCUGUGCAUCUUCUGUCUGCCCCACUCACUGUCUCAGGAAUCCUUGCCUCCGCUAAGGUGUAUUUGGUCCUUGAGAAGUGGGAGCACCCUACAGGGACACUAUCACCCAUGCUGGUGGCAUUGUUUACAACUAGAAGGCUGUACUGGUGCUAAUACCCUUGGGGAACAGGGCUGUGAGAGGGUUUUAGGGCUGUGAGAGGGUUUUAGGACAUGGGGGAGGGUGGUUAUAACUCAGCCCUAGGCAUUGUGAACAGCCUCUGAGAUCUAUCUUUUUUCCCAUGGGGUCCAUGAAUGUGUCUUACAAUAAAAAGGAAGGGCAGGAGGAGAGGCAAACAUGCUUCUCACCCAGCCUUCUUCUACACAGAUGGAAUCUCUUUGGGGCCAAGAGAAAGGUUUUAUUCAAUAUUACCUACUUGAUCUCAUGCUAUGCCUAAGAGGCCUUCUCCAAGAGAAUUAGUUGGAAAUUCUAUGAAUUCAGGUACCUUUUUCAGGGUUUUCUAACCCUGACAUGAUUGUACAUACUUUCCCUCAUCCAUGCUAUACUGUGUUAUUUAAUUUUGUCUGGCUAAGGCCACUUCCCAAUUAUUUGUAAAAUUUGCUCUAUAUUUAUAAUAAAAAUAAUAUAUCAGACAUCAA